AUAAUUUUAUACUUUAUUAUUCUAAAAUAUAGUAUUAUAGUAGUGUGUUGAGGUAGUUUAAAGGUGCAUUUUAGUAGUGUCUGGUUAAAAAAGGGCCUAAAUGAGGAAACAAUAAAAAUGAAUUCCGUGCAAAUAAAAGUUACAAACCCCUCACCAGAAAAAAAAAUUGAAUUUAAAGAGGAACCAAAAAUAUUAUACUCAAAAAACACAGAAAUUUUGGUCAUUGACGAAUGCACUACAGUGAAAAAUACAUGCGACACAAUAUGUGAUUCAACUGAGGAAAUUAUAGGUCCAGAUUGUGAUUCAACACAAAAUGCGAAUACCAAAGAAAUUUUAGCAUCCAUUAAUAAUAAUUAUUAUAAUUGGCCACCAUGGGCUCGUUACUUAAAGUUGGGUAUUUUAUUGUCAUGUUGGGGUUUGUGUAGUGUUGCGUUGAUUACAAGAAAUGAGCAUACAAAUACAAUGCAUCAACUUUCAAUACCGCCAUAUCGGCAUUCUCGAGGGUAUUUUCUUUCAGUUUUGCCAUCCAAUAAAAAACAAAUGACAUUGUAUUUAAAAGGAGCUUUAUUACCUACAUGUUAUGGUAAUUUAUCGAAAAACUGGAUCAGUGUUUGGGUGGAAUUGGUUGAAUUAAACUAUGUACCAGAAAAAAUGUUGGAUAUUUCUUUUUCAGACAUUGAUUAUAUUCGGAAUGUAACACAAGAAUGGCGUUUCCCGAUUGUAUCGUCCGAAUUAAUUGGCUUUGUACCAGAAAUAACCAAACACAAAAUAUUUGAAUUUAAUUCUGUUGGAUUACCAAAAAACUCAAUAAGUCGAUUUCGUUUAAAAUUUCAUUCAAAUUUAAGAGUUGUUUUUCCAAUUUCAUUUUUAUACCAUUUUUCAACAAUUGAUAUAGAAGAAGGUGUAUUAUAUGGUGCUAUUUUAUUAUCGGGCUUGUAUGUUAUGAUUAUUUUUGAGUUAGUACAUAGAACGCUGGCUGCCAUGCUAGCUAGCACAAUGGCUGUAGCUAUUUUAGCAGCGUUGAAUGAUAGACCCAGCAUAAAAUUAAUUAUUUCAUGGAUUGAUAUUGAAACUAUUUUAUUGUUAUUUUCAAUGAUGAUACUAGUUGCAAUAUUUUCGGAUACUGGAGUUUUUGAUUAUAUGGCAGUCGCGGCGUAUCAGAUAACCGAUGGACAAGUUUGGCCAUUAAUUACAGUUUUAUGCUUUUUUACGGCAUUAUUAUCUUCAUUUUUGGAUAAUGUCACUACUGUUUUAUUAAUGACACCAAUAACAAUAAGGUUGUGUGAAGUAAUGCAAUUAUAUCCCGUUAAAGUUUUAAUGAUUAUGGUAAUUUAUUCUAACAUAGGAGGUGCUUUAACACCGAUUGGAGAUCCACCGAAUGUCAUAAUUACAACAAAUCCUUCAGUAAUUCGAUCUGGUGUAAAUUUUUUCACAUUUUUUCUUCACAUGGGAAUUGGUGUUGUACUUUCGACGAUUGUUAUCUAUAUCUAUUUAAGGCUUACGCUUACAAAAGCUGAUUUACUUUCGAAAGAUAAUCAAGAAGUUCAAGAUUUAAAACAUGAACUUGCCAUAUGGCAAAAAACCGUAUCAUCACUUUCAAGUUAUUCAAAAAACGAAGAUAUUGUUCGUGAAAGUUUGAUGACUAAAAUAAAUCGAUUACUAAGUGAAUUGAAAGUAAAAAUGACUGAAAGUAAUUCCACUACUUAUAAACAUAGCGCUACUUUGGAUGAAUUGAAAGAAAAAUAUCCAAUUCGUGACAAAGAACUGUUAAUUAAAUCUGGAUUUACAUUGUUUGUGGUAAUUCUCGUAUUCUUCCUUCAUGCUAUUCCUGUUUUUGCACGUCUUGGUCUAGGAUGGACUGCAUUAUUGGGUGUCAUGCUGUUAUUAUUAAUUUCUGAUCGUGGUAAUUUUGAAUCAGUUUUGUUACGUGUGGAAUGGUCGACGUUAUUGUUUUUUGCUUCAUUAUUUAUAUUAAUGGAAGCACUUUCCAAACUGGGUUUUAUCGAUUGGAUUGGUGAACAAACUCAAUCCGUAAUUUUAGCUGUUGAUAAAGAAAAUCAAUUAGCCGUUGCAAUACUUUUAAUUCUAUGGGUAUCAGCUGCAGCCUCUGCAUUUGUUGAUAACAUUCCAUUGACAACAAUGAUGGUUAGAAUUGCAAUAUCAUUAAAUGAUAAUCGUGACUUAAAUUUACCAUUACAACCGUUAAUUUGGGCAUUAUCAUUUGGAGCAUGUUUAGGAGGAAAUGGUACAUUAUUCGGAGCCUCUGCAAAUGUAAUUUGUGCGGGAGUCGCCGAACAACAUGGUUAUAAAUUUUCAUUCAUAGAUUUUUUUAAAUUAGGUUUUCCAAUCAUGUUGGUUUCAAUGAUUGUUACAACUACUUAUCUAAUUAUUGCACAUGUAGUUUUAGAAUGGAAUUAUUAAAAAUUAUAUUU